CAGCUGGCGAAGAUUCUGCAACACAGCGGACUCCUGUUUUCGUCGCGUCCGGAACACGAAACUCGUCUUGAGGACUUCGAAGUACGACUGCAAAGGGACAAGAUAAGCCUGCAAGAUCUGCUGACGCUUUUGGGGAGUUUGGGAGUGGUAGAUGGAGCGUUGACGACGCCACAUUCCGACCGAGAAAACCCGCCACCCGAAAACGCGCGCCCAGAGAGUAGACUGACUUUCGCACUCCGCAGCCUCGACAACGCUCUGCGGAGAUGCGAAAUAACCGACGACGCUCUCUCGCGCUGGCUCGAGAGAAUUUUCAAAACUCGCGACGACGAAGCACUGGCUGCCGAGGAGCGAGGGAGGCAGGCACAGGCGUUUUUGGCGAAAAUCAACUGCGGCGUCCUGGCGGAGACGAGGAAAGCCGCGGUGGAUCUCGCGGGUAUAGAUCUUGUGCGGUGCAUUGAAGAAGGGCUCAAGGAGGCUUCGACCCAGCAGGAAAUCAUGGCUGUGGUGACGGACAGGAUCGAUGAAGUUUUCAACGAUGAACGGCUUCACUAUUUGGCAAACCUCAUAGGAAACCCACUGCAUGACCACACCCUUUUUUUUUUGAAAAAGCGCUGCUCUUGCUCUCAACAAGGAUAAGUACAAAGGGAAGGACGCUUUGCGCACAUUUGCACGACGGAACUCACUACCCGCAGCCGUGAAAAUGGACACCUAGGCACAGGACCAGCAACUCCACGAUCACCAAGGACAGCAUCAACACCGAAGCCGUAGGCCUAACAGCACGCCAUGGCCAUUCGUGGUUUUGCGCGGUUGUUGUUCGUGGACUUCUUCUUCAUCAGAUCCCUGGCAUUGCAGCACUUGAAUUUUGGAGGUUUGUCGCAGUCUGAAUCUUCUGAAAAAUUAAGGUAAAAAACGUGAAGAAGGUCAUACCCUGAAAAUUUCAGAUCUUCAAGGCCCUGAUUUCUUCAACAGGACCAACAGCAACGGGACCCUCGGGGUGUCGAUGCUCUUGCUUUCUAUACCAUCAAAGUCUUUCUUUGCACUGCUCUCCUUUGCGUCAAUCUUAUGCACUAUUUUAGAUCUACCACGCAUCUACUCACAAGCCGCCCC